CUGGAAGUACCGCCCGUCUACUACUUGCGGAGGGCGUAUACCCCGACCUACCUGUGUGUGCCGCAUUCACAUAUAUAUCCCCAGGCACCCCCGAGCGAGGCGUCUUCCCAGCCUUAUUUUGACAGACAUCACAUUCCUCGAAAACCGACUUCGACUUCUCUGAAGGUCCCCUCAUUGAUAUUGUGUCAAUAUAUCUUCCAACAUACCACAUAUCCUCCACCAUGUCACCACAGAACUACUCUUACUCGACCGCGCCGGCGUCGAGGCAUAUCACUACCCACGGUACCAGCAGCGCUUUCAGCAGCUCCGCCAAUCCAGAUGAAGACUGGACCAAGAUCUCUGACCUCGCUGAACGGAGACGGAUCCAGAACCGCAUUGCCCAACGGAACUACCGUAAGAAGCUCAAGAGACGCCUCGAAGACCUCGAGAGACGGGCAGGGUCAGCAUCGGCUUCACCACCUCAGACGCAUGCAGAGAUCCAACCAACGAACCAGGUCAACAAAGAUGGCCAACAGUUCAAGAGCAGUCCAGAGAUCAGACAGCAACUCUCUCCCAGUUCACUACCAAGUCAAUACACACCUCCAAUGCAAAGCGAUGAUGAUGUGAUAUUUACCCACGGUUUUGAGCGUGACGGUUCCCGGACACCUCCUCUUUUCGCAUAUCACACAUACCCAGUUCCGGGGGAUGUCAUCUACUCCCCCUACGGUCAUUCACAACCGUACCGUCAAGUUUCCAGCAGUGGUGACUGGUCAAGAACGGACACAGAUUACCUUGCACCAGUUCCCGUCACCUUGCCUUCCAUGAUGCAAUUCCACGAUUCGAUUAAACGGGAACAUGAGGAUACCAUGAGCCCAUUCCAUAUGAGCUAUCAGGCAUUCCCUUCACUCGAUAUCCAUGGGCAACAGGUCUAUGACGACCCAAACCCUCAUACUCCUCCUCUUUCACAUUCAUACGACCAUUCAACAGCAUGUUCCGAGUCGGGAUAUCAAUAUCCUACCACGCCAUUAUCCAUGCCUCCUUCACCACGACUUAUGACACAGAUAUGAAUGGGAUGAAUGUAUGAAAACGGCAGGGCUGAUAUGGAAAAAAUGGGAAAACUAGGAGUUCGAAGCGCUCGACACUCACUCUAUGGUAGAGGGAUCUUUUUUUGGUAAUGGUUGACUAAAGUAGAGAAUGGGUAGCAUGGUAGUAUGGUGUUUUAUGUUCUUCAUUUCCUGGACACGAUGGACCGCUUCUUUUGUCUUCCACCUUGAGCCUUCUCAUCCAUUCCAGUAGUCGACAGUUGCGCCACAGCCGUGAUUCAGCCCCUUGGAUUCGCAGCCUUGCGUGGCCAGAAUAGUAAAAGGACA